CAUACACGGCCUCUCAGCCGCUGAUGCGCCGCCUCGACGGUCGCAUAGUGGGUGGUGAGCCGGUGGACAUCUCGCAGUGCCCGUGGCAGGUCUCAGUACAGAACGGCGGCCUCCACUACUGCGGCGGCUCCGUCAUCAGUCCUUCGUGGGUGCUGACUGCGGCGCACUGCCUCAUCGGCGUUGCUGAAAGUUACCUGUCGGUGCGAGCUGGUACGUCAACACGCGAGAGCGGCGGCGUUGUUUACAGCGUCGCUAAUGCAAGUUACCACGACGUGUUCACCUUUACUACAAUGGACUACGACGUGGGUGUCCUCUUGAUUGUAGGAUCCUUCACCGUAGGUGCGGACGUUCAGGUGGUAGACCUCAGUAGCACCGAACCCGAAGCCGGCGCCGUGGUGACCGUCACAGGCUGGGGCAGCCUACAGCCUGAAGGGGAAUAUUCAGAGCAGCUGCAGGCGGUCACGACGUCCAUCAUCGCGCGGUCUGCCUGCAACGCCAGCUACGGCGGACUCAUCACGGAGCGCAUGGUCUGCGCCGGUGAGCCGGAGGGCGGCAAGGACGCCUGCCAGGGGGACAGCGGAGGGCCCCUGGUGGCCGGCAACACGCAGCACGGCAUCGUCUCCUGGGGCUUCGGCUGUGCCAACGCCACCUACCCGGGCGUCUACUCCAGCGUCGCCUCCCUGCGGUCGUGGAUUAGAGCCGCAUCUGGCGUCUAGUCAAGUCACAGUGGUGUGAUAUUCCAGAGUGAUCGUGAAUGUAUCUUAACUGCAGUCAAUAAAAAUGUUGUAUGCAUGAA